ACUAGAGGUGGGGAUCAUAACUUUAAAAGGAAUCCAAAUAUGCAGUAUCAUCGAGCACGUAUAAAAUUUCUCUUUUUUUCUUUCUUUUACUUUUUCUUGUAACACAUAAAAUUUUUCAUUUAAUUUAGUAAAUAGCUUUUUAUCAACCGCAAACAAGCCAUAUACAACUCUUACAGGACGUGAAACGGUCCUUUCUGUCGAUGUCUAGCCUAUAAGGUUUAAGUUAGGUCGUUAUAGUUUGCUUUGAAAAUUGGUAUUAUUUUAAAGCUUAACUGGGUUAAGCUGCCCUAGUUGCAAUUUUCUUCGAUUGACCAAGUUAUAAAAAAUUUGUAAUUGAAAUUCGACAUGGAAGCAAGCUACAAUUCACAUGUUUGAAUUGGUCCCCCAAUCAAGCAAAUAAAAAUACAUGAAAAUGAUAGAAACCAGAAACCUUUUUUCUUUUUUUUUCCUUUUUUUGUCUGUCGAUUAUAACAACAAAUAUGGUCAAUAUCAAUCAGCUGAGAUGAGAGGGCCAUAAGCUCUGCAAAUGAAGAAAACUUCAAGUCCCCAAAACCUAUAUUCAAGCCAGAGAAAACAGAAGUCUGCCUUCCAAGAGGGUGAUACUUGCAAUGGCACAAGCAAGAACAAUCACAAAUCUCAUCCUGCCCUGAAAUAUUUCAGAGUUGCAGUCAAGAAAUUUUCUGGGAUUUUCACAAUCUUUCUCUUUAGUCAAAGGAAGGCUGCCUCAAAAUCUGAUAUUACUGAUGGAAGCAGAAACAAAAAAGACCAAAUUAGAGGGGUUUCCUCUCCAAUUGACCUUUCCACAGGUAGUUACAGCAACAGUUCAUCAAGACACAAGUACUCUAAUGCUUCUUCCAAUGCUGCAAGUGGGCAAGUUGGGACACUCAACUUCUCCUUUGAAGAGAUUAGUAAGGCAACAAAUAAGUUCUCUCCGGAUAAUAAAAUCGGGGAGGGCGGGUUUGGAACAGUUUACAAAGGGAGGCUUAAAGAUGGAACACUGGUUGCUAUAAAGCGUGCUAAAAAGAAUACAUAUGACAAGGUCUUAUCGUCGGAGUUCAGGAAUGAAAUACUUGCCCUGUCAAUGAUUGAGCAUCUGAAUUUGGUCAGGCUAUAUGGGUUUCUGGAGCUUGGAGAUGAGAGAAUUAUUGUGGUUGAAUAUGUUGGCAAUGGAACACUUAGGGAACAUCUGGAUGGUAAACAUGGAAAUGUACUUGAACUUGCUGAGCGUUUGGAUAUCGCAAUUGAUGUAGCUCAUGCAAUUACCUAUCUUCACAUGUAUACAGAUCCUCCAAUAAUACAUAGAGACAUAAAAGCAUCCAACAUCCUCAUCACUGAGAAACUUCGAGCAAAAGUUACAGACUUUGGAUUUGCACGAGUCACUACAGAAGACAGUGGGGUAACUCACAUUUCAACCCAGAUCAAAGGAACAUCAGGCUACUUGGAUCCUGAGUACCUCAGAACGUAUCAACUAACCGACAAGAGUGAUGUUUACUCCUUUGGUGUGUUGCUCGUAGAAAUGAUGACAGGAAGACACCCCAUUGAAACAAAGAAACCUAACAGCGAGAGACUAACGAUAAGAUGGGCAAUGCAGAAGUUAAAAGAAGGAUACCCUGUCCUUGCAAUGGACCCGAAGCUAAGAAGAAAUGCACCAUCAACCAUGGCAGUGGAGAAAGUACUAAAACUGGCUCACCAAUGCCUAGCACCUUUGAGACAUUCAAGACCUUCCAUGAGAAAAUGUGGUGAGGUUUUAUGGGGAAUCCGGAAGGAUUUCAGAGACAGUGCCUUCCCUUCUCCUUCUACUUCCCACCAUUCUGCGAAUUUCCCUCGAAGAGAUUCAAAGAAUAGAGAUACACCAUUUGGGAUUGAAGAUAGAGGGAACUUUAAAUUUAUCUCUGCAUAAGAACUAUAGCAAGUGAGUGAAAGUUUGUGGUUGAGCAUUUAUCUAUACGUAAUUUGUUCAACAUAAUAUAUAUGUAAAUUCAUUUUUGAGUGUAUAAAAACCCACUCUCAGUUAGGCUGUGAUUCUUGUUUGUCCAAAGUGAAAGAAAAGGAAUUUGUAAAUGCUAAACUACUAUAUUAUUCUCAGUAACUCGUUAAGUUUAUAGAAUCCACAAUUCGUCUU